UCAGAAUUGAUCAAAUUGAAAACAUGUAAAAUCGAGAAAACAUGUUAUCAUAAAUUAUUCAGGGUUCUGAUUCGUCCUGGUCGAUCUUCGGUCUCUGGUCCAUCUAUGGCCUUUGUCAUGCACAAAAGUGACAUAGGCAAUUCCUUCUUCCUGGUCGAUCUUAGUGACGGUGUUGUGAUAUGUUAUGUCCACUGAAAAAUCACCGGAAUUGCUGAAAGAGUAACUGAACCGGUUCUAAACCAAUGAGUGAAACGGGUACCCGGAUCCAAAAUAAAUAAACACAUAUAUAUAAAUAUUAAACCUUCAUCUUUCACUCUUUCCUCUAAAGUCAAACGCCAACAUUUGAAUCUGCAUCUCCUCCGUCACCGCCGGCUCCAUUUCCGCUUCUACAGACGGUGUGGUGCUAUCUCGUCAUAUUCGAAUGGCUUCAUUUGUUUCCACGGAUUGUUUCCUUCAUGCACUUAAGCCUCAGCUUGGAUUUCUGAAUCAUAAUGGCCAAGAUAGUUCUUGCGGUAGUAUUAACGUCUUGCGUCUUCGUAAAGCUCCGAAAAGUCCCCUUUUGUUUUCUUCGCGAGCUUUAGAUGUUAAGCCAUAUGUACAAAGCAAGGGUCGAUCAUCUUUUUCGCAGACAGCUGCUGUGAAGCAUCUGACGGGCUCUGUUACCAGAACUCAGGGACUCCGUUUUGCCGUGGUUGUUGCACGGUUUAAUGAAAUAAUCACCAGGCCGCUCUUGGAGGGAGCUUUGGGUACUUUCAAGAAUUAUUCAGUUCAAGAUGAAGACAUCGAUGUUGUGUGGGUUCCAGGUUGUUUUGAAAUUGGUGCUGUUGCAACAAGACUCGGUAAAUCAGGCAAAUAUCAUGCAAUCAUAUGCAUAGGAGCUGUGAUCCGGGGAGAUACAACUCACUACGAUGCAGUUGCUAAUUCAGCAGCAUCUGGAGUGCUUUCAGCUGGUCUAAAUUCAGGUGUUCCAUGCAUAUUUGGAGUCCUAACAUGUGAGAACAUGGAUCAGGCUAUAAAUCGUGCUGGUGGAAAAUCUGGGAAUAAAGGUGCUGAGGCUGCAUUGACUGCUAUUGAGAUGGCGUCUUUGUUCGAGCAUCAUCUGCAGUAGUCGUGUUUUGGAGCGGUGGGCUAGUGCUUAUUUUCAUCUCCAGAAUGUUUAUGCUCUCUGUUCAUCAAUAAUCAUAUCUUCUCAAACUACUUCUGGUUACAAAUAAGCAGAAGAUAACUUCUUUUUCUUAUUAAUUUAUGUGUUUGAAUGGGCACUGUUGUGCGGUGUUCACGGAUACAAUUUUUUUUUUCAUGUAACAAUAACAUAAUAGAAAAUACCAAGAGAGCAAAGUCCAUCGCCUCAUUUAUACAAGAGUCAUCAUCUUUAUCAUAGUUCAAACCUGAA